ACUUUAUUACUUCAACUCCGCCCACAAGGCAAUAUGGCUCGUUUCUUAGCACAAAUCAUAGUAUUAGGUGGUCAAGCCGUCGCUAGAGCUUUUACUCAAGCACUAAAACAAGAAUAUCAAGCAACUGCAGCUGCUAGGAAAGCUGCUACUGAGGCAGGCAGAGAUGCCAACAAAGCAGCAAAAGCCAGUACUUAUACCGGACUAUCACUCCAAGAAGCUAAAAGUAUAUUAAGUGUCGACGAUUUGGAAAAUCUUGAAGCUAUCAGAAAAAAUUAUGAGCAUCUAUUUAAAGCAAAUGAUAAAUCACAAGGAGGUUCCUUCUAUUUGCAAUCAAAGGUGGUAAGAGCUAAAGAGAGGAUAGAAUAUGAAAUAGAUCAGGAGAUUUUUGUUGAUAAAAUAACUGACGGAACAAACUCUGAGUCUGAAGAAAAGCAAUGAUUACCAUUAUAAUUUAUUAUUAUCACUGUAUUGUAUUAUUAUUAUAUUUAUUGUUUUAUGUUUAUUUGUUCAUGUACUCCACUUGUCCAUGCAAUUCCAUUACAGAAUAGAAAUUAAUGAAGAUAA